AUGGAAGCAGCAGGGGGUCGUUUGCUGCUGCUGCAGCAGCCGCAGCAGCAGCAGCAGCAGCAGCAGGAGCAGCAGCAGCAGCAGCAGCAGCAGCAGCAGCAGCAGCAGGUGGUGCUGCUGCAGCAGCGGGAAUGGUUUUUAUUCUAUGAAGCUCUUGCUGCUCUCCCUGCUGUAACAUUCACCCCUUUAAGCCAAGAAGAGAUAAAUUUAUUUGUUGAGCAGCAGCAGCAGCAGCAGCAGCAGGAGCAGCAGCAGCAGCAGCAGCAGCAGGAGCAGCAGGAGUUGCUGCUGCAGCAGCAAGUUGCUGCUCUCAGCACAGAACAAACUUGUCUUGGAACAGCAGCACUUUGGGAGAAGGUGCUGCUGCUGCUGCUGAUGAAGAGAGAGGAGAAGCAACACCAGCAGCAGCGGGAGAAGGUGCUGCUGCAGCAGCAGCAGCAGGGGUACAAACAGCAGCAGCAGCAGCAGCAGCAACAGCAGCAACACCAACAGCAGCAGCAGCAACAGCAGCAGCAGCAACACGAGAGAUAA